AUGGUCUCCUGGAACGUGUUUCGUCGCAAUGCAGUCGUCGAAGAUGGGCGAUCGCCAGAGGAGAAGGCUCUUGUGCGACGGCUGGAUAUCUUCUUGUUGACUUUUGGUUGUAUUUCUCAGGUUAUUAAAUACCUCGACCAGCAAAAUAUCAACAAUGCCUAUGUCUCGGGCAUGAUGGAAGACCUGCAUCUCUACGGCAAUGAACUGAAUUUAUUUACCACGUAUUUCAAUGUCGCAUACUGCAUCAUGUUGAUCCCUUCUCAGAUAAUCUUGACCUAUGUGCGCCCUAGUUUCUGGCUGCCCGGCCUGGAGAUCGUUUGGGGGGUCCUCACGGGGCUGGUCGCCAUGACCAGGAGUGCCAAGCAGAUCUAUAUACUUCGGGUGUUUCUCGGGUUAUGUGAGAGCAGUGCGUGGCCGGGCAUGAUUACAUUGUUUAUGUAUUGGUAUACGCCGACCGAACUCGCCAAACGCAUGGGCUUCUACCACUCGUGCCAGGCAGUGGGCCAGAUGAUGUCCGGAGCCUUACAGGCUGCCAUUUCUGACACGCUGGAUGGACACGGCGGGCUGGCCGGAUGGCGGUGGCUAUUCGUGAUCAACGCGAUCAUCACAGUGGUCUGGGGAUUCGCCGGGUUCUUCAUGAUCCCCGACCUGCCCAACCGGCCCAACCCCCGGUCAUUCUGGUUCACGAAAGCCCACGCGGAGCUAUCAAUGGAACGACUGGCACGCACCGGCCGAGCCGAGCCCAAGAAAAUGAGCUGGGCAGGCGUCCGGCGCACAUUCAGUGGCUGGACAGUAUAUUUUAUCUCGGUGCUGUACAUCGCCACGGUGCUGGGCACGUACGGCUACGUGUACUUCUCGUUGUUCCUCAAGGCGCUGAAGAACCCAAACGGCAGCGCGCGCUGGAGCGUGACGCAGGUGAACGCGAUCCCGAUCGGCGGGUCGGCCAUCAACGUGGUGUUUGUGUGGAUCUGGGCCCUGCUGUCCGAUAUCUUGAAGACGCGCUGGACGCUCAUCGUGCUGCAAUGCAUCAUUGGGAUUAUCCCGUGCAUUAUCAUGAGUGUGUGGACCGCGCACCCGACCACGGUCAAUCUCUCCGCUGCCUACGUAUCAUACUUUAUCUCGUUUAUUUGCCUCGGUACCGCACCUCUUAUCUUCGCCUGGCUGGCUGAUCUCAUCCCGCAAGAUCCCGAGGUCCGCACGCUCAUCGUCGGCGUGGCGGUCGCUGGGUACUAUGCCAUCUCGGCAUGGUCGCAGGUCCUCGUCUGGCCUGCGUCCCAGGCUCCGUAUUAUAAGUAUGGGUGGCAGUCGGCUUUGGCUCUGCUGGUUCUGGUGGUUAUCAUGACGUGCCUGCUGCGCUUUAUUGAUGUGCGCUAUCUCUUGCCCAAACGUACCGCUUUCCAGGCCGUUUUGGAUGCUGAGGCUGUUGGGGGGAAGGAUAGUGUGUCGGCGGGGGCUAAGGAUGACUUGGCUCAAGGGAAGGAUGCGACGCAAAAGGUGACUACUGUGGAUUCCGUUUGA